AUGGAAAAGGCUUCCGAAAGCGAAACAGGUGGAGAAGCCAUAGAACAUUUUUCAGCUCGGCCGUACCAAGUGGAACUUCUAGAGCGGGCGAAGGAAAGGAACACCAUCGUAUGUCUGGGCACGGGAACUGGCAAAACGUUUAUAAGUGUCAUGCUGAUAAAAGAACUCGCUCAUGAAGUAAGAGGAAACUAUAAAGACGGCGGGCAAAGAACUUUCUUCCUUGUAAAUACAGGUAGUUAUGUAUGUUUUGUGUGUUUGAGAUCGGCUUUACCGUGGAGGAGGGGGUACGAUAUCUCAGCGCGGGGUAUGAUAUCUCAACUUUUCUUGCCAUAAACUAAAAUAUAAGAUCAAGAAUGUGGUUUAAAUUUGUACCCCUUGAGUUAAAGAAUGUUGAGGAUCACCUACAAAAUCUCAUCCACUUUUAACUAACAUGUUCUUCCUUUUUUUCCAGUUCCACUAGCUAGCCAACAAGCAAAAGCGAUCGCUAAACAUACAGACUUGAAAGUCAAACAUUAUGUUGGAGAAAUGGGAGUAGAUCUCUGGGACAAGGCAACUUGGGAAAAUGAGUUCAAUACAUUUAAUGUUCUGGUCAUGACAGCUCAAAUAUUCCUCGACCUUUUUUUGCAUAGCUACAUACUUCUCUCGCAAGUGAAUCUCUUGAUCUUUGAUGAAUGCCACCAUGCCAAGAAGAAUGAUCCUUACAGACAGAUAAUGCAGUGCUUCAGCGAUUGCCCACAGCGCCCAUUACCCAAAGUUAUGGGUUUAACUGCCUCGAUAGUAAAUGGAAAGGUAAAACCUGAUAAAAUUGAAUCGGAGAUCCAAGAGCUGGAACGCACAUUAAGAUCUACAUGCGAAACAAGUCAAGACGAAGAUGUUGAAAAAUAUGCUGCUAAACCCGAAGAACUGGUCCUUGUUUACAAGAGCCAGAGCACUGAUAAAAAUGUAAACAAUUUGAUCCAAAUCCUGUUAGAUGUCUUAAAACCAGGAAUUGGUUUUCUCCGCGACUGUCGGGUGUCCAAAAUUGACGAGAAUGCACACUGGUACGCGAAGUUCGCUCUGAGAGAGUGUAAGGAGACAUUGGAUGAACUGGGCCCUUGGGCUGCUUUUAAAGUAGCAGAAUACCUAAUAGAGGAUCUAGGUAUGGUACUGUUUCAGUUUUAAGAGGAACUGACGUAACUGUGCCCAAAGUUUAAGUCAAGGUUUCGAAAAAUCAUAAUACGGUCAACGCGAACCAAAUAUCAUAAAUAUUAUCCAAAAAGAAGGGAAAAAUCUCAUGACUCCAUUUCCAAAAAUUUUGGUUUUAUAGGUUUUUUUAAAAUUUUGCUUUAACCCUUUACACCCUAACAUCAGUAUACAUAUUCUCCAUACUGUUCUCUACACAUUUCUUAAGGUGCUGACAAGGAGAAUUUGCUUAACAAUCAAGAGCUUCUUUCGUUGGCGAUCAUUUCCUUUAAUCUUGAUACCCUAAUGGUUGAUUGAUUCUUGGGUGAUCUUGUUAGGAGAAGUUAGAAGUAGUCACUCAGAGAGUUGAAGAGUUUAGCCUACAUGACAGAUAUUGACUUAAUGCUUAUUAGAAACGAAUCAGUGUGUCAAAUCCUCUGCUCAUAAUACCAAAUUAUUCCAAUUCAAGCAAAAUUAACCUGGGAUUGGAUAAAAAUGCCUUUGUUGGCAUCUUUUGAUCAACUGGAAUGGAAUGCACUUAUAAACCGGAAUCUUUCCUUCUAGACAGAGCAUGCAAGGUUCAAAGCAGCAAACAAGGGCGAUUGUUUUGUGAGUUUAGUGCCACCCAGCUGCGUCAACUGCGGGGCAUUUACUGUAAUUUUACUGAAAGUGAUGGGUCUGAGGACAGUGGACAUUGUUACUUCAUGCCUAAACUUCAAACACUUCUGUGUGUUUUCAGGGAGUUUGCUAACUCACAGCAUGGUAAGGAAUACUCUGCUGACUGCUUUAUUUAUGGAACUGAUAUUUCAUUUCCUCAGUGAAAACCAAAACAGAAGAUUAGCAAAGUGGAUAUUUCUGCACUUCUUAUCACAAUUUGACAUUUUCUUUUCUAAGAUCUCUCCUGAUUGUGUGCCAAACCUUCUUAAAAUUUUAACCAUGAGACUUUGUGUUAAAUUUCUAAAUAUCCACUGCAUGAUUUUUCUUUCCUCUCAGCUCCUGUAUAUUUUGAAUUGUAAUGUUAUUGUGAGGAGAAAUUUGUUUUGGUUUGCUCUUAGCAGUGAGAAGUGAAAUGGAAUAAUAAUAGUGGUACUAGUAAUAAAAAUAUCGAUGAUAGUGACAGGGCCAAAUUGAUUACAAUCAUUAUACUAUUAGUAGGAAAUUUAACAACAAUAAAAAUGAUAAUGAUGAUAACAACAACUAUAAUAAUCUCUCAGGGGGAGAUCAAUAUUCAGUAGCCAUCUCCUCAUUCCACCAAGAAAUGUGAGGAACAACAUCGUGGUUGAGGAACAAAUCACAGGGACAAAAAGAUUAAACAUGGCUACAUUUGCUACCCAACUUCACCUUAAGGAAGAUUUAGCCAAUUGUUAAAAGUAAUAUUAAUAAGAAUAAUCUUUUAGGUUUACUUUUGUUUUUUUUGUCAAUCCAUACACACUAAAUAACCAGCUUUAAAAUUGGCUCUUUCUUGAAAUUUGUUUCAAGGGUGAUUUUGGAUGUUACUCUGCAAAACAGCUUGAUGAUCCACAGUUUGGUUAUUUUGCAGCAUCUGAAGAGGAGAAGACCCUCUGUGCCAUUGUGUUUGUUGAAAGACGAUACACAGCACUGAUCCUCAGUAAACAGCUUAACAAGGCAGCCGAACUAGAUCAUGAGCUCUCAUUCAUCAAAAGUAACUUUGUGAUUGGUCACGGCACAGGUGCAAGGGUUAGCUACUCCAGUAACACAGAGAUGAAUUUUAAGAAACAGGAGGAAGUGCUGCGCAAGUUCAGAAAUGACAAGAAAAGACAUGAAUUCAAUGUGCUGAUAGCCACCUCUGUUGUUGAGGAGGGAUUAGAUAUUCCCAAGUGCAAUGUUGUCUGCAGGUUUGAUUUCCCAAAGAAUUAUCGUUCCUAUGUACAGUCAAAGGGCAGAGCUCGUGCCAAAGGUUCCAAGUACUACAUGCUGGUGGAUGAAAAGGAGCAAGUGGAAAAAGAGAAUGAAUUGGAGGUACCUAUUUUAAAGUAAUAAAGUCAGUAAUAAUCCAUACUUACUCUGGUGAUUGUCAUUGAUAAUGUUUAGCGGAGGAUACAGAGCACCAGACUGCUGUGUGGGAGAUAGAAGGUUCGAACCCCAGACUGCCGACCAACACUCAGGGUCCUAGAAUAACUGAGGACUGUGCUGCCUUUGUUAAGACAUCUGCAAACAGUUAGACAUUCUGGUCAACUUGUAUAGGGAUAGUAAGCCACAAGCCCCGUCUUCUGUUUCUCCUCUCUACUGGUUAGCAGGGGACGUUAAAGAACCCAUGCAUUUCUUGCAAAGAAUAGGGAACAUAGAUGUCAUUUUUAUAGUCUGGCCUUUAGAUUUUUUACACAGGCUGCCUUUUAAAGCAGCUUUAAGCUGAACUGUGAAAGCUGGUUUAAAUAUCAUAAAUAAAUUCAUAACCUGGUCGAAUUAUUGUAAGGAAUGUUAAUUCUUCUUAAUGUUCAUGACUUAUUCCCUAGAUGUUGCGUGCUAUUGAGAAAAUCUUGUUGGAAAGAUGCCAUGAUCGGCUGGAGCCAUCAGUGGAGGAGUGUAAUGAGUCAGUAGACACAGAUUUACUGCCACCAUACAUACCAGUAAAUGGAAAGGGAGCAAGAGUAACAAUGACCAGUAGUGUUGCUCUACUUUCAAAGUAAGUGCAAAGAAUUUAUUAACUUUGAAUUGUGUUGUAGUUCUAAAUUUGAGAUAAUUGGUUGACUUGUGUAUUGUUAAGUAAUGUGGUUGUAAAAAGGGAAGAUGUGCUAUAUAUGGGGUAACAAACUUGGGCACUGAUUGUGAAAAGGGGUGAUUUCUAUUAACGAUGAGUAUUGCUGUAAAGCUGGCUGUUUGCUUCCCUACAAACCUUAAGAUCACCCAGUUCCUUGCUGUUCUCCUUUUCUGAAGGCAAGUGCUAAAAUAAAUUUACCACUUGUAUUAACUCUUAUUUUUCACUGAAAUCACUUGGAAUUUGUGAAAAUUCAGCGGGUUGAAGGAUAAGUCUACUAGUUUGAUAACUUUUUACCUGUCAAGUUUAAAAUAAGGGAGUACACUGCCUCUUUAAAAGCUCUUACACCACAUCUACAUAAAGUUAUACCCUUUUAAAUUUUAACUCAGGGGUGUAGAAUAUUCUUAUACUUAAUAUGGAGAUGACCAAUUACUUAAAAUUACAAACUUUACAAAACUAGAAUUAUAACAAUAUUUCUACUUUUGUCUUUUCAGGUACUGUUCAAAGCUCCCAGGUGACCGGUUUACGCAGCCCAAGCCAGUUUACAAGGUUGAGGAAAUUGGAAAAUAUCUUUACAAGUGUAAACUAACACUCCCAAUAAACUGUCAACUACGUGAUGAUAUAAUAGUGAGUUUAGAGGACUUUUAUUUUUUUUAAACUAAGACAUAAAAUUGUUAUUAUGGAAAUUUGCCUAUUUCCACUGUCAUUAUCAUUGGCUAUUGAUAAUGUUUAUCUGCCUUCUGAUUGGUUACGUAACCGCCUCCCGGUUAGCUCAAUUGGUUAGAGCUCUGGACUGUUGUGUGGGAGGUCGAAGGUUCAAGCCCCAACCAGACCAACACUCAAGGUCUUAAAAUAACUGAGGAGAACGUGCUACCUUUCUAUAAUGUCAAGAAAUGGAUAGACAUUCUAGUCUUCUCAGAUAAGGACGAAUAAACUGUAGGUCCCGUCUCCUACCUCUAUUAAUUAGUCAAUUUGGUCAGGCAGGGGACGUUAAAGAACCCACUCACGAGAUUACUGUGAUGUGGUCUGGCCAGUUUACUGGGAAUUGGGGGGGGAGGUGGGUCUGCCCUUGUCAUUGUUAACGCGGCAUCCACUGUUAUUGGCUAAAGCUGUAGUGGUCUCCCUGCCUUAGAUAAUUGGGCUUAGCUAAAUAAAUUAAAUUACAAAAUUACGUUAUUGGUACUUUGGUUGUGAUUUUGUGUCUCUCAAUUCAACAUUGCUCUAAUUCUCUGUGCUAAGUUUCAAGCAGUUUGUUAGCUCUUGGAAAUGAACCCUGUAACUCGCAAGAUUCUAAAAGUAACUCUUCCUACUAACUGCUAUACAUUUCCUUGUAAAUUGGAGAGGACAACAUGAUGUUACAUUAAGACAACACCUUAACGCUGAUGAACUUAUAUAUUCUCAUCACCUGUUCGCCAUGUAACAUAUUGGAAUCGCAAGGAGAAAUUCCAUGUUAAUCGCUUACUUGAGAACCAUCUAUGUCUGCAUUUCAUCAGGGUGAACCAAUGCUGAGUAAGAACCAAGCCAAGAUGGCAGCUGCGCUCAAAGCCUGUGAACUGCUUCACAAGAUUGGUGAGCUUGAUGAUGACCUGUUACCAAAGCGGACUUUAUCUGACGAGGAAAGUGAUUUGGAAGAAGAAGUAGCAGCUGAGUCUGGCGGAAAAAAAUCAAAAGCUGGAACAAAGAAGAGAAGACGGCGGUACAAGAGAAAGGUAAGCAGUUGAAUUUCACAAUUUUGGCCUGUGACUUACUCAUUAAACUGUUAACUUAUAUAUCUCAAUACAAUGUCGUAGGCAAUGUCUAAGCAUGAAUUUGGCUGGUCAGCUAGAGGGUCUACCAUUCCCUAAGCUUAUUCAAGUUUGGGUUUGCUGUUGAUUUACCAAUUUUUUUGAGCUUUAACAAACACGUUAUUCGCUUCUAAAACGCUGUGACUUAGUGAUCAUGAAACCAUGAAACCAGUGUUCGAAUCCUCUCGUUGAACUCAAGUUUCACCUUCGCUUCACGCUCUUGACAAAUAGUUACACCUUCUUUACCUAAUGUUUUGUUCUUGCCCAGGUUCCUGAAACAUUUGUCGGCAGCUUGGUACAGGAUGGUCAGCCCCAGUUCCUCACGACCAUCACCAUACAAGUCACUAAACUUACUCAGCCACAAGAGUUUGUUGUUAGUGAGCGACUGUUCCUCAAUGAAACUUGCACGUUUGGAAUGCUGACAACGAAAAGAGUUCCUUGGGUUAGAAAUUGAUUAUUAAUAUUUCAUUAUUUAUCAGGUAACCGAAUUCUGUAGGCCAAUUUUCAAUCCAGUGUCGCUCUGUGAUUGGUCCAAAAAGCUUGCACCUUUCUUUCAGCCAAUCAGCUGCAAAACUAAAACCAAUCACGACUUGGUCGCCUGCGUUUUCCCGCGCUUUACGCAGUUUGGUUGUUUUCAUUUUACUCAUUGGCUCCUAGAGGUCGACGAUUGCAGCAUGUACCACUUCAACCGGUCUCACACACCACAAAUGUUGACCUUCAUCUUACAAUGCAAUUUUUUCACUCUUCAGAUACGAUCGUUCAAACUGUAUCCUAACUAUGGCGAAGUCACGGUAUCCUUGCAGUGUCACAGAUCUCCUUUGCGUGUAAACAUCACUAAACAAGAGUUGGACAUUCUUCGCAAGUUUCAUCUCUUUCUCUUCAGUCACGUUCUACGCUCUCCCGUGGAAUUCACACCAGGAAGUGUGGAUGGUUACUUCGUUGUUAUGUUGAAGGCUUCAGGAAGGAGUAUUGACUUUGAUUGUAUGAGAGAGGAGCUUUCUUUCAAACAAAGCCGUGGAAGUCAGCCCAUCGUCGUAGACGCAGUAGUAACAAAGAACUACGUUGAAUCUCCACAAAAGUACGCUGUUUUGAAUGUUCGUGGCGAUCUGACUCCGAUGUCUUCGUUCCCAGAAAAUUCGCAGGGCGCCGACACUUAUGAAGAAUAUUUUCGCACUAGAUAUGGAGAAAAGGGAUGCAUUGGGAACAAGAAUCAAACUCUCGUUGAAGUGAAAGAACUCUCCGGUAGAAUUAACUUUCUAGUAGACCGAAAACAAGGACCAAAAAACAAGCGCAAUGUGAUUUGUCUUGUUCCAGAGUUGUGUGACCAGACUCCCAUUCGCGCUUCUCUUCUAAGCGUGUCUCAAAUUCUACCAUCUAUUCUUCAGCGUGUCAACUCCCUCCUUCUCGUUGCUGAUCUCAAGGCCAUGGUUGCUGGUGUACGCGACACAACAGAUGAAUCAAUUCUCCCUCCCAUUGGAGCUGAAGAGGGCUCAAGAGAGGCGCCCAUGGAGGUUGAAGGCGAUGCUUUGGACCUGGAAGACGAUGAUGCACUUUUCUACGACAUCAGGUCGAUGUUCCGUUACAGUCCACCAUCUGCUGACCACCCCGACUCCUUUCUCGUUCUUCAAGCUAUUACCACCACCCACAGCGAAGAUGCAUUUAAUCUGGAGAGGCUGGAGAUGCUUGGGGACUCAUUUCUGAAGCUGGCCGUGUCCAUUCAUCUCUUCUGCACAUACAUCGAUAAAGACGAAGGCAAGCUGACCCGGCGUAAGAAAAACCAGAUUAGUAAUUUAGCGUUGUACCGAGCAGCGGCAAAGAAAUCUGUGGGCGAGUAUCUCCAGAGUACGCAGUUGGCUCGCGACGUUUGGUGUCCUACGGGAUGUCAGUUUGGCGAUGUACCACCAAAUCGCACCACAGGUAGCCCAGCCAUGGAAGUUGACAGCGGGGACACGGUCGAGGCAAUGGAAGUUGACGAGACCUUAGAGAGGGGAAAAUGCAACACUCAAAAGAUUGCGGACAAGUCCAUAGCUGACAGCAUCGAAGGACUGAUCGGAGCGUAUCUAAUAUCCUGUGGUUACCUUGGUGCGUUGCGAUUUAUGAAGUUUCUGGGGCUAAAAGUUUUACCUGAAAUUGAUAGCAACGACGGCAAUGAUUUGCAGGCGGAGAAUAGCAAAUCGGGUUGCUAUGCUAGAUUUUGGCCAGAUCAGACAAAAAUAACAGCUGCGCAAGGUAAAGGAGAUAUGGUUUUCCGCCUCACUUCUGGCCUGGAAAACUUUGAAAACGAAUCAAUCUCGUACAAUUUCCAACAAAAGUUGUAUUUGGUAGAGGCACUAACUCAUUCGUCCUACCACGAAAACCGUGUCACGCCAAGUUAUGAAAGACUCGAGUUCCUGGGCGAUGCCCUGCUGGACUUUUUGGUCACGCAACAUUUGUACUUCCGUCACGUCAACUUGUCACCAGGGGAACUGACCGAUAUACGACAGGCCUUGGUGAACAAUAACAUCUUUGCCACCCUUGCCGUAGAACACAACUACCACAAGUAUCUGAAGCAUAUGUCUCCAAAGUGGUUCCAAACAGUGAAGAACUUUAUUGAUAGAGUGGAAGAUGAGGCAGAAGAGAGGAAAGAUAAUCAGCUUCAAACGGUAGGGUGAACUUUAUUCUUUAACCCUUUACAUCAGUUUUCUUAUUCCCCAUUCUGUCUUCCAUACAUUUCCUAAGGUGCUGACAAGGAGAAUUUGUUUAACAAUCAAGAGGCUCUUUAGUUGGUGAUGGAUACAUUUCCUUCAUUCUUGUGACUUUAACGUGUGAUCCAGGGCUGUUUUAAUAAGGAGAAAUUAAGUGCUAAUUAUUCUCAUGGACCAAAGCGUUAACGAAUAUUUUCUCCAGUUGAUUUAUUAGAAGUCUGUCUUUGGCAGGUCACCGCUGACCCAUUUAUUAUCGUGUCUGAAGAGGAAGAAGAAGGAAUCGAGGCGCCCAAAGUUCUUGGUGACAUCUUUGAAUCAGUCGCAGGCGCGAUAUUUUUGGACAGCGGUAUGGAUUUGACUAAAACCUGGGGUGUGUACUACCGCAUGAUGAAACCCUACAUCGGUAAGUUGGCCAUCGCCACCCACGAAGACCCCCCUCCCCACCUCUUGGGAAAAGUCUUAUCAGUAGAAAGUUCCGAGGUUGUUUUUCUCGCAAUAAGCUGGAAAAGGAGUGAGAAUGAGUCAGAGAAAGUAUACUCAGCAUGGCGUUGAAGCAUUCAACCCUCAAAUCCAGAGUGAGAAGGAACGCCGUUGAAUAACGAACCUAGAAAAAAUACUACAAAUAAUGAUUGAUAUGAAGUUUUCAAUUCAGAUCAUUACUCAGUGAACUUACUGCGAAAUCCCAUCAGACAUGUUUACAAGGAACCUGAACCUGGUGAAAAACACCGGAAAGAUUGAUUGAUUUAUGUUUUUUAUUCAGAUCAUUACUCGGUGAACAUACCGCGAAAUCCCGUCAGACAUGUCUACGAGAAAGACGAGAAGGCUGACUUUGGGUGAGUGUACAGUUCAAGGUUAAGAUUUUUGAUGGUUGGUUGACUCUCCCCGCAUACGUCUCUGACUAACUGCACCAAAGGUGUUAAUAAUUUUAGAGCGUAAUAGAGUGCAUUUUUGCCAAGAACAACAUCUAUGGAUUGCAGGAGCAGUCUUUAGAGAAAUUGUGGCCGAGUGCGGCAGAUCUUUCCAAAAACAUGGGCAUGUGCACGUGUAGAGUGCCAAAAUAGUGUGGCAUAACAUGAAAUCGUCAACAUUAUCCCUUGAAAUAGGGAGAUAUUGAGAAAGAUUACAAAGAACUGCAGUUGUGGCGCGAUUUAAUCUAGCAGAUUUUCAUUUUUUUUUUUCGUUUUCUCCAGGAAAGCGAAGACCCUUGAAGAUGGUAAGAUCCAGUGCACUCUGAGAGUGUACUGGGGAAAGUACAAUGGAAAGGGAUCGAACAUGAAGAUUGCUAAAGCUGCAGCAGCCAAGUUCGCUAUUGAAGGGCUGAAAAAGAAAUACGCUGCGGUAUACGAGGAAGAUUAAGACUCAAAGAAGGCUUGGGGACAUCAGUGUUGCGCCAUGUUGCGGCAAAGGUGCUCUCUUAGAUUUGUGUUGUUGAGAUAAUGCUGUGGAACACUGUUACAGUAAUAGGAAGUAAAUUUCUUUUGUGCCUAUGAUAAUAUUUGUACAUUAUCUUCCACAAUGAACAUCCCUUUCUAGGAGCCACGUUUAUGUAGGUGACGUACCUUGAAUGAAUGGGAGUCGUUCAAGAUUACUUUGUGUUACAAAUGUCCCUUAAGUGUUGUGAUUGACUUUCUCAGACACCGAGGACAGUGUAGACAUUUGUCUAGAGACGUUUGCACUAUUAAUGCGGCUUUGAAAUAUUUUUUUAUCUACAAUUUGUCUUUUUGACAACUCCUGUUUUUAACUUGUGGGCGUCCCUAACAAUUAAAAAUAUUUUUUUGUUUAUUUUUUAUCUAUUGAAUGACUCAAUUUUUCUAUUUUGUGGGCGUCAGGGCGUCGUUGCUAACAAUUUGUGGAAAAUAGAGAAAAAUCGAAACAAACAAAAGAACAGUAAAAAAUAUCGCAAAAAAAAAUAAUAGAAAACUCUGACAGCAAUAACUAUGAAAGUUCACCAUAGCAGUGCUUUGGUAUAUGAGUUUGUAAUUGAUGAAGAUAAAAUUUUAGUUUCCUGGGAAUCAGGCAUUUCCUUUAAAGAUUUAUGUUUUUUACCAGUUUUAAGUGUGGCAAGAAGAGUACAUGUAAGAAUGCAAGACCGAUUUUGGUAAUCGUGAUAUGUGUUGCAGUUGUAAAUAGUGUAGCUGAAAUGAAAUGGAAAGUUCUGUGUAAAAUAACUACACAUGAAUGAGAGAAUAAAGAAAAGCGCUGAUGUUACAUUCAUGUGGGCUGUUUGUUAUUACUCUUUAAAAAAUGCCG